AUGGCGACGACUGCCGCCGCAACGGACCGGCUCUCCGAACUCCCUGACAACCUGCUCAUCCGCAUCCUCUCCUUCGCCCCGGCCCGUGAGGCCGCCAGCACCACCGCGCUCUCCCGGCGAUGGCGCCGCCCGCUCUGGCUCGACACCGGCGCCGUCAACGUCGACUACCGUUCCUAUACCACCGGCGUCGGCUGCGGCGGCGAUACUCUCAGGCGUCGCGUGCUGGACGACAUGAUAAACGCGAACCUCGCGUUCCUCCGCUCCCGCGGCCACGGCCCCAACAAGUUUACCUUGGUCACGAGCUAUGGCACCGGUCUCACCACGCGCGACAACGCCACCUUGCACACCGCGUGCAGCCCGGAAGACGCCGAGGAGGAGUUGGAGGAGGAAUCCGACGAGGAAGAGUUGGAGGAGGAGGAAUCCGACGAGGAACAGUUGGAGGAGGAGGAGGAGGAGGAGUCUGCGAGCCUCGACGAGGAUGAGUUCACCGUCGGCACCGAGGAGGAGAGCGCCCCCUGUGUCGUGCUGAAGGACAUCACCCAGGCAGAGGAGUUCCGGCUCGAGUGGCUAGACUACGGGAGUUGCAUGAUCCCCUACUGCACGGGCUGGCUGCCGUUCCCCGCUCUCCGAGUCCUCGAGCUCACCGGCUACUCUCUCCAGCCCUGUCCGGACCUCGCGUUCCCGUGCCUGGAGGUGAUGCGGCUCCGGCGGUGCCGCACGGACUACGCGACGCUCCAGGACAUGAUCUCCGCCGCGCCCAAGCUCGCUGACGUCCGCCUUGAGGACGUGAGAUUCGUGAACUCGCAGCUCGAGUACCGGAUGCGAAUCCGAUGCCCGGCGGCCACCGUCAUCCUCAUGGCCAACUGCGACUUCGGGUACCUCGACUUCGACGCGUGCCGCGUCGAGCUCGACGCGCCGCGCCUCCGCCGCUUCUGCUACACCGUCGUCACCUUCCUAGGCAGCUCCUUCUCCUUCGACUCGCCCAUGACGCACCUGGAGGAGGUCCACCUGGCGUUGCACUCCCCAGCGGCGUGGCCACCGAGUUGCUCCAUGCUCUAUUCCAUUAACCGUGUGAGGGUCCUCAAGCUCACGGUCUAUUCCAUGGCCGACCUCGCCGACGCUACGUCCGUACCUUUUCCCAGACUCGAGCGGCUCGAGAUUGAAGAGGUCUGCGGGUGGUCUAUCCAGAACCACGGCGUCGCCGCGCUGAGGGCCGUUGUGAGCCUGCUGCGUUGCUGCACCGAGGUGCGCGAGCUCCGGUUCAAGUUCAGAUGGCUGGAUUACCUUGAGGAAAUGGCGGACCCGGAUCGGGUUGCCGCCAUGUCGGACUUCUCCCUGUGCAGAUCCAUCAACGCCGGCCACGAAGACGACGACGACGACGAAGGUUGCUGUUAUGAUUUGGGCCUUCAUGGGCUUUGCUGCGGCUGCACGUUGGACAGCCUACGGAGUUCGCUGAGGAGGGUGGUGGUGAAGUUCGACGCGGAGGAGCUGACCUGCUUCCAGGUUCGGCUCGUCAAGUUCCUGGCGGAGAACGCCAUGGUUCUCGAGGAGUUCGUCGUCGACGGAGGGAAGGGGUACGACUCGGGCCGGAUCCGCCGGAAGGUGGCGAGAUGGCAGAAACGGAGACCGCCGUCAUGUCCACAACCGCCAAAGACUGCCGUUCCACAGUUGUCCGAGUUCCCGCCGCUCGGCAGUGCCCUUGAUCCGGACUCAGUUCCAGCCAACACACCCGCCGUGGCCUCGUCCAUUGUGCAGCAAGAUGCAAUUUUGUAG